AUGAACGGAUUUCAAAACGAUGGAUUUGCUGAAGACGCAAGAACGGAUAGCUAUAGCAGUUUCUCUGGGGCCAUACAUUCUAGAGAACAACUGAAUCCAAAACGGAGCACAUCUUUCACAGUGGAACUGAAGGAUGUUAAAAAAAAGUCCAUCGAGGCAGGAGAAUAUGAUCCAUACAACUUUCGAGAAGUCGAACAUCCCACUACAAAUGCAGAAACACUGAUCCAUCUACUCAAAGGCAGCUUCGGUACUGGCAUCCUCGCCAUGCCGCUGGCCUUCUACCAUUCGGGAUAUCUCCUGGGCGUCAUAGCUACCGGCGUGAUCGGGCUGAUCUGCACACAUUGUAUACAAAUGCUUAUAAAAUGCGAAUACGAAGUAUGCAAAAGACAAAAAGUACCUAGUAUGAGCUAUCCAGCCACUGCUCAGGCUUGCCUGAACGAAGGUCCAGAAUUUUUUAAGAUGUUUUCCGGAGUAGCACCACACAUUGUAAAUAUAUUCCUCUUAAUCUAUCAGUUGGGAACAGGCACAGUUUAUACAGUAUUCGUCGGCGAAAAUAUACAGGGCGUUCUAGCAAGCAACGGCAUCGACGUCGAUGCUAGACUGGUGAUGACCGCCUGGUUGCUGCCUUUGAUUUUGAUCAACUACGUGAGGAAUCUCAAAUUUUUGGCGCCUUUUUCUACGAUAGCCAAUUUUAUAACGGUGGUUAGUUUCGGAAUCAUCGCCUAUUACAUGUUCAAACAGGAUUUUACCUUCGAAGAAAAGGAAGCAUUUGGAAGUAUUAGAGAUUAUCCUCUGUUUUUCGGAACGGUUCUGUUUGCUCUGGAAGCCAUUGGCGUGAUCAUGCCUCUUGAAAAUGAAAUGAAAACUCCACAACAUUUUGGAAGUACAUUUGGGGUGUUAAACAUCGGUAUGACAGCCAUAGUAACUUUGUAUGUUGCAAUGGGUUUUUUUGGAUACAUCGCGUUUGGAAAACAUGUGGGAGGUUCAGUGUCCUACACCAUUGGAAAUGACAUUCCUGCUCAAGUCUGCAAAAUAAUGUUGUCUCUUGCCAUAUUUAUCACGCAUGGACUCCAAAUGUUUCCAGCUAUCGAAACGAUAUGGAACCAAUACCUCCUUCCUACAUGUCAAAAAAGUGAACACAAAUUAUUUCUUGAAUAUCUUACCAGGACAGUCAUGGUUGUUUUUUGCUAUGGGUUAGCCGUAGCAGUCCCUUAUAUCGAUCUUUUCAUCUCCCUCUUCGGAGCUCUGACGCUUGCAGCUCUAGGAUUGGCCAUUCCCGCUAUCCUUGAUCUGAGUACGUACUGGUACUCGUUGACAGGUGUCAGAGGCCAGCUCAGAAUCGCGAAGAACUGUUUUAUAAUUUUAGUUGGAGUUUUCGGACUGAUUGUUGGAACCUCGACGAGUUUACAGAAAAUUAUAGAAAAAUUUACGCCUACUGCGUAA